AUGGCGACCGUGGACAUGCAAGUACGGUCGGGCGAACUCCCGGAGGAGUCCAAGAAGGACCAAAAGAACGAUCCCAAUGGAGUAAACAAAAGCGAGGAGGAAAUGCAAUCAGGCAUCAAGACAUAUUACGAAAUGAAAAUUGAGGAAUACGAGUCGAUAAUAAAUAAAAAGUUACAAAACAAAAAAAGGCUGGAAGCGCAGAGAAAUGAAUUGAAUACAAGAGUAAGAGAGCUCUGUGAUGAAAUUCAGUAUCUAUUAGAGGCUGCAUCUUAUGUUGGAGAAAUUGUAAAACCCAUGGGGAAAAAUAAAGUGCUAGUGAAAAUAAAUCCAGAAGGUAAAUACGUAGUGGAUAUAGCACAUAGCAUAAACAUCGCCCAGUGUACACCGAACACGAGAGUAGCAUUAUAUAAUGAUUCAUAUAAGCUACAUAAGAUCUUACCAAGUAAAGUAGAUCCUCUUGUGUCCCUUAUGAAAGUGGAGAAGGUACCUGACUCCACGUAUGAAAUGGUUGGUGGCUUAGAGCAACAAGUGAAAGAAGUAAAGGAAGUUAUCGAGUUGCCAGUGAAGCAUCCAGAAAUAUUCGAAUCCUUGGGAAUUUCGCAACCUAAGGGGGUUUUACUAUAUGGGCCCCCAGGGACAGGGAAAACCUUACUAGCCAGAGCAGUAGCACACCAUACAGAAUGUACGUUUAUAAGGGUGUCUGGGUCAGAACUUGUACAAAAGUAUAUUGGUGAAGGAUCGAGAAUGGUGAGAGAAUUAUUUGUCAUGGCAAGAGAACAUGCUCCAUCCAUUAUUUUCAUGGAUGAAAUCGACUCCAUUGGAAGUCAAAGGAUAGAAGGAGAACAUGGAGACUCUGAGGUACAGAGAACGAUGAUGGAACUCCUAAAUCAGUUAGACGGAUUUGAAUCCACACAAAAUAUUAAAGUGAUCAUGUGCACAAACAGAAUUGAUAUUCUCGAUGAGGCUUUACUAAGACCAGGAAGAAUUGACAGAAAAAUUGAAUUUCCAAAUCCUAAUGUUGAAGCCCGUAUGGAAAUUUUAAAAAUUCACAGCAGGAAGAUGAACCUUAUGAGAGGAAUUGAUAUGAUGAAAAUUGCUACGGAUAUGAACAACUGCUCUGGGGCAGAGGUGAAGGCUGUGUGUACAGAGGCUGGAAUGUUUGCUCUACGCGAGAGGCGAGUGCACGUUACACAAGAGGAUUUCGAGAUGGCCGUCGCAAAGGUUAUGAAGCAGGAUGCGGAAAAGAAUUUCACCCUCCGCAAAUUGUGGAAGUAG